CGAAAGUGAACUGCAAAGUUUCAGCACGCCUUAGCGUUCUCAUUUUCGGUAGCCUGAAGCAGCUUGAAGUUUUCGUGUACGGCCACGGCCAUGGAGACACCCAAAUUAACUAUUCCACCACCGCCACCACCGCCGCCGCCUUCGCUAUCAGUGUACAGGCGAAGCGGUGAGGGCAACGUCGGUGAUGUCAAAUCAGACGCUACCGUCCCCGGCGGGCUUGAACGGCAACUUCAUCGCAUAACGGCCGGCUCUGAACAGGCGAUCGUCGUGUCCAGGAUGUCGCCGUUAAGACCCGUCCUUCAAGAGGGACCACAGUGUGGACUAGUAGCACUUAGCAUGGCAUCACAGCUACUCCAGGAUCAUCCAGUGAGUGUCGACACUCUUUUCGGAAAGGCCAAGUCGCUUCAGUUCACCAAAAAGGGAGAGAUGUUUUCAGUUGGAAACAUGAAGGCGCUGGCUGAGACAUGUCUGCAAAACCCUUGCUCUAAAAUUGUGCGCAGCAAUCAUCGGCAAAGAGACGAACUCAUCAGACACUUGCUCGAAGGGAAGCCAGCGCUAAUACCGUACGAUUCUGAUGGCAAUUUCGAGCCCUGCCUGAAACGGGGACACACAGCCCACUGGGCUGUCCUUCACGGAAUCUGCAUGGUUCUACAAUCAUCUAGUAUUGAAGAGAUGCUGGCGGACACUACAGAGGUGGACUCGAAGUGCUCGAGGAUUUUCCACAUCCGUAACAUCAUCCCCGAAGAAAUGUUAUUGGAACUUAACCAGCUAGCUCAGAGCCCAGAGACCAGUCUGUUUGUUUAUGCUAGUCAGGGAAAGAGCAGACAUGUCGGCCUGUGGGAACUGGGGUUGCUUCUGAAAAGUAACGAUAACCUAGCGCGUUUCACACCAAAGCAUGACAUCUCCGAAUUCGUGAUCCCAGAGGGGGGCGUUGCCCAAGGGCUAUCUGGGCAAGUGCUUCUUUUCACAUAAUGAAGGAUCCUGGUGGAACGUUCAGUAAUUUAAGUUAAUGAGAAGACACAGCAGGAGAAGUUUGUGUGAAUCCUUCUCGAGACAAGCUACUUUAGCUGUUGGUUCUCAUCUUGUCCAGGUCAUUAUCUUACACUAAUCUAAGCAAACAAAAAGAGACAAGAAGGCAAUUCAGUAUGGAUCCGUCUUGAGACUAGCGACAAAAGUUUAGUUGUUGGACUACGCUCAUGUUACCUCAUCCGAGUCAUUGUCAUUCACCAAUCCAUCUAUCGCAUUCACAUUCUAUGUAAACACCUUCGAUGCGAGUCACCACAUUUGGCAUGAGCUUGCCCCACACCACCCUUGUAGCUGUUGGCUGUCUGCUGCGCCCUCUAGCUGAAACAAGUUACAGCAGAAAGGAGCAUGCCUUCUUCCUCACCCCAUUGCAUCAACUCUCUUUGGCCUGCCCAACAAAGUGCUUGAGUUCAGCAGGCCUUGUGGAGUUCCCUCCCCAAACUGUUCUGACUGCAAUGCAUGUGAAACGCUGGCACAUUUAUCAUGUGAAUGUCCGACCCUCUCCAGUGCCAGAGCAAACAUAAGUAACAUAGUUAAACCUCAAUAUAACAAAGUCAGUAAAAUUGUCAUUUUACUUCGCUAUAUCGAAAUUUUGUUCUAUUGAAAUUUGAGUUUUGUGGUAAUAAGUGCAGUUGCUCACAGAUUUUUCUUUAGAUGGAAGGGGCCGCAAAGUUUUCCAAACUUUCGGGCAAUGAAAAAGAAACUAAUUUCAAUGGGAAAGUGAUAAAUUUACUACUUGGAACUUGAGAUUCAGCGAUCAAAGAUAUCACUUCAUGCCGCGUCAACAAUAUAUUCACAUCAGUGGUAUGAAACGAAGCUUGCGCAGCUCCUCGCUUCUCGCUGUGGGCCGACGCCACAAUGCAUAGGGCAGGCAGAGUGGAGCUAAUGCCUCAACACAUCUCCGAAACUCAACAUUACGUGACCGGCAGCACUAAGUGCGCGGAAAGACAGUGCAUAUGACGCCACAGCCAUUUCGGCUCACCCAGCGUUUGCACCCGCUGCAGGUUGCUUCCAGGACAGGAUGCGCGUGGGUUGCAUAUGCGCUCAGCCAUAUGCAGCCACAGCCGUUCUAGAGGUAGACACGCAGGCUCACCUGCCCUCCCCUUGCUCGUGUGGGAAGACAGUGUGCAUCAAGCCACCAUGCUCGCCUCACCCUUGCACCCUCAGCAUAUGAAGUCAGGCGCGACAGGAUGUUAUCACAUGUGGGCUCAAUACGGAACAUGAUGAUGAGAGGGUCCACAUCGGCGGCUGCUAGCCAUCUGAGUGGUUCGUUUGAAAACAGCCUCAUGUGAUUAAACCAUUUGACCAUCUGCGUGUGCGCCAGUCUAAUUAUAGCCUCUGUAUGACAUCACGUUGGCAGGGAAAUUUCGUUAUAUUGAAAUCAAUGCAUAGCACAUUAUGUAUAUUCAGGCUCAAAAUGCAUGGUGUUUUACACUUUGUUAUAUAUUGAAGUUUGUUAUAUUGAGGUUUAACUGGAAAUACUUCACCCUUUGGGGUUCAAAGCUAAGCACAAACUAUACUCCGUUUCAUACAUAGCAGUCAAUGUUGUGGAGGAUGCGCAAAUUGUGCAACUGCAGAUGCCCCCGCGCGUUUCGCAGCACAGCUGUUCUUGACCUGCAGCAUUUAUAUGAAGUAACUACUUCAUGUAUCGCAAAUACAUCUUGUGGACACAAGUUAACGUCAAAUGACAUAUUACUUGCGCAUAUUUGUGCUUCUAGUAAACGAUAUACUACGUUUUGGUCAUGAGCGACAGUGAUGCGCUGUGGCGGAUGGUUACAGAAGCAUGUUACUCGGCUUGUUUGGCAGUAGAUCGAUAUAAAUCUCUGACGUGUUCCAUUAUAAAUACCUACGUCAUAUUUAGUGGCGUAAAUGUACGAGACAUAAUUUUACACCGAAUUACAUGGUGCAUACCUCACAUCUUUCUUUCAUGUAUGACACACUACUUUUGGUUGUGGAUCUAAAAACAUAUAGAGAAUUAAGUCUGUCUAGCCUUCAUGAUGCUGCCUUCUUUGUAUGAAAUGGAGUGCACUGACUUGUGCUUUGCUUCAUGGAAGAAUCCCAGCUCAACAAGCAACUCAAGUCCAUGCCUUCGGCGUGCACCAAUGGUGGCUUCAUUCGAUCACGUUGAUGUAUGACACAUCUUUCCUCCUUUUUGUUUACCCCUCCCUAGUGUACUGUGUCCUCUUCUGAGAGACGUUUGCUGUGCUGCGCUUCUCCCCAUAUUUCUUCGACGCUACAAUAAGAAUCUGAGCUAACAAGGAAAGACAACACAGCAAAUUAGUGUGGGUCUGUUUUGAGACUAUGGAGUAUAGUUUUCAGUGAAUACUCAAGCUCUUGGUCCUCCUUAUGAUGUGAUUGCUGUUUCUCGCCGAGGACCAGAGCUUCUUUAACAGGUAGUCAUUCGUCGAGGCUCAGAGCUUCUUUAACACGUAGUUAUUUUUGUGAUGUAUUCAUAAGUGCAUGGUUUGGUGCCUUACAGAUGAGCUAGUCAAAACAGGGAAGCAUAUGUAGUCGCUUGCCACUGACUGGCUUUGAUAUGCUAAUAAAAUGAAUUGAGAUAAA